AUGGAGACAACCCAAUCUCAUCCAUGGCUCACUGCCGCGGGCCUGAUAUCUUGUCUGUGGUUUUUGAAGAACAUUGGAGGAAAGAAGUUGAAUCCCAACCGACUUCCUCAUCCCCCAGGUCCUAAGGGCCUUCCCUUUCUGGGAGCUAUGUUUGAGGUGCCCUCACUAAGUCAGAAACCUUGGCUCGUUUAUGAUAAGUGGUUCAAGACAUACGGCGACAUCAUAUACUUCGAAAUCCUCGGCCAACCGUUCAUGAUUUUGGGAUCUCUGAAAAGGACGAACGAUAUAUUUGACAAGAGAUCAUCAAAUUACUCGGAUAGGAAGCUUAGCUCAAUGCUCGAGUUGAUGGGUUGGACUUUUAGUGUGGUGCGGAUGCCUUAUGGUACCAUGUGGCGACGGCACCGCCGUGCAUUUCACGAACACUUCCAUGUGAACGCCGUCCAGAAAUAUAUACCCAUCCAAACGAAAGAGAUUCAGGUUUUCCUUAAUCGGCUUCUCAUGACACCCGAGAAUUUUAUACACCACAUUCGACACGCUUUCGCAGCCACUGUCAUGAAUAUCUCCUACGGUCUGACAGUUCUGGAAUACGAUGACCCAUAUAUUACCAAUGCUGAAGAGUCCUUGCGAGGCCUCACUGAAGCCGGUGUUCCAGGCGCGUUUUUAGUGGAUCUUCUUCCGAUAUUGAAACAUGUGCCAGCUUGGUUCCCUGGUGCUGGUUUCAGAAGAAAGGCCGCUCACUAUGCCGUUGUGAAUACUGACCUGGUAGACCUGCCAUUCAAAGCUGUAAAGAGGGAAAUGGCAAAGGGAACUGCUGUACCCUCUGUACUAACCUCUUUGCUUGAAGAAUUUCCUGGAAAUGAGGGUCUGGAAAAAGAAGAAGAAGAGUUCAUUUCUCGGAAUGUUGCAGCGAUAGGGUAUAUUGCGGGAGUCGAUACCACGGUCUCAAGCACUGAAACAUUCUUUUUGGCCAUGGCCAUGUAUCCAGAAGCUCAGAGAAAGGCACAGGCGGAAAUUGAUGCCAUCGUUGGGACGAAUCGCCUUCCUGACUCCAAUGACCGCCCCCACCUGCCUUACGUGAAUGCAAUAAUCAAGGAGUCGAUGCGUUGGCAAUUAGUUGUUCCCCUCGGCGUUGCACACAUGGCUACCGAUGACGAUGAAUACGAAGGUUAUUUUAUCCCGAAAGGUACGGUUGUUAUAGGAGCUGCGUGGUCAAUUUUGCAUGAUCCCGAGGUGUUCGAAGCUCCCGGGGAAUUUAGGCGGGAGCGCUACCUCAAGGACGGUCAAAUCAACCCAAGUGUUAGAGAUCCAGGAGUCGCAGUCUUUGGCUUUGGCAGGCGGAUGUGUCCUGGGAAACAUUUGGGCGAUGUUUCUCUCUAUUCUGUAGUCUCGUCCGUUUUGGCAGUAUAUAAUAUCAGUGCGCCCAUGGAUGAAUUUGGAAGACCUGUGCAGCUGCAGGCGAAGUAUAAAAGCGGCUUUUUGUCAUCUCCCGUACCUUUUAAAUGCACAAUCCAGCCACGGUCCAAGGUUGCGGAAUCAUUGAUUCGGGGCUCCAGCGAUUGA